AUGUCAAUCGUCUUUUCGAUGUUACCGUUCUUCAUAAGCCAGAUUCUAUGUGUGAAGGGUUAUGGACAUUCACAUUUUCCCACGGGAACGAAGGAUGAGCCCAUCCGGGGAAAGGAACUGCAGUUUAAUCUAGAUGAUGUGGCGUUGGACUUUUUGUACAAGCAUGCCGAGAAAAUAGGAGCCAACGUAUGGGAUUUGGAUGUAAUGGGAGCGAACUCCGCGCGUCCGGAAAAGAAUAAGUAUCCUCCUGUUGAAGCAAAGAUGUCGCCGCUGACCUACGAACCAGCCGAAACAGUUUCGACGAAUCCCCUGGUUGCCUACACCCAGCUGUUCCACAACGGGCAGCCAGAUCGCAACGAGACUGCGACCAUUAACAAACAAUUUAAACAUCACAAUACCUACACGUACGCGGUGGAAAGGGGAAUAGACACCGGACUCUCGGGAACUUGGAGCGCCGGGAUACCAGACAUGGUCGGGGCAUCAUCCGAAAUUUCGGUCAAAUUUUCGACGUCAUGGGGAAGCACAAAGACUGAAACCACGGAAACUACGUACUCUCUAAACCAGGUAGUCACCAUACUGCCGGAGUCGACUGUGCAAGUUCUCUUGGUCAUAAACGAAGAUAUAGUGGACGUUCCAUGGAGCGCUACCAUGUCCCUUAAGGGAUAUUUCGCAGGGUACUUUGAGAAACACGGUGUUGGAAAAUACUGGGAGCACUUCGGUAUCGGAGAGCUACGACAUCCCGAUGUGGAGACACGAGCCCAUGACGAAAUUUUGUUUCGCGCUCGAGGUACUUUUCACGGUCUGACAUCCAAAACCAGUCGUACGGUUACCCGAGAAAAACACCAUCACCGUUGA